AUUCCUGAUAAUUGUUGCGUCAUUCGGCCUUGCGUCAGACCCAGUCAGACCCAUACAUGUCCUACACAAGGCCGUCCUACACUUCAUUGUGUUUUCUCAAAAGCGCGCUGGGCUGAUGACAGCUGGUUUUGUUGUGUCAUUUAUAUUUCUUCGCAUAUAGAUGAUAGACGGCAGACACAACAUGCUGUACCUUUGUCUUUUUGAUAGACCGUUUGCAUCUUACGGAGUCCAGUCAGCAUCGAUCAAGAUGACAGCUUAACGCAGCUUUCAGGUCCUGGCGGCCCACCUCGACCCAGAGCCAUGGACAGCCUGGCAGUUCCCGGAGACGACAUCACUCUGGCCUCGCUCAGUCCCGACAUGUCGGACGAGAGCGAUGACAACAGCGCAGAAGACGAGGACAUCACCGUCUCCGACAUCGAGACCAUCGACUCUGCGGCCGACUUCAAACUGGAGGUGUGCUACUUCAUCUUCACCCACCUGAAGAAGGUCAUCGGAUGGACGUCUCCCUUCCUCAGGAUCAUGGAGAUCAUCCUGGUGAUCUCUGUGUAUGUCAGCAUCAUCACAGCUACCUUCCUUGUGGCCUUUCAUCGCACCUACAUGCCCGUGCUGGCCUUGUUCUACGCGAGUGACAGUGUGUUCGUUCUUCAUUUGUGCUUCAUCGCGUUUGUUGCACUGAGUCCCGUAAGUGCCUGGUCAACUCCAAACCAAAUCACGUUCCGACAAACUUGCCGUCUCCACUGCUUGAUCGACAUUGUCACAGUGAUCCCGUUCGAGCUGAUUUUGGGUCAGUUGAUGCCAACCAAGGAAUACAGCAUCUCCAAAUACAUCAAGCUGAGCUACGUAUCCCUCGGUCGUCUAAACCGACUCAUCAGGGUGUACCGCAUCGUUCGCUUCUUCAACAACAAGAAGAACGACGUGAUUUUAGGAACCAGAUACUCGGACAUCCUGUCAGCCACGUGUGCACUGACCUUGCUGAUUCACAUUUCGGCCUGCAUCUGGUACUUGAUGGGUUGCAGGCCGUUCGUCGACGACCUGAGCGACCUGAGUAUCUGCUGGUGCAUCAAGAACCACUUGCUUAUAAAUUCACUGAACGAAACAGAAAUGCACACAACAUUUGACUAUCAACCAUCAAACUGGGCUGAAGCACACAGCUGGACUUUAGACAUGUUCUCGGUGGCCGGUUCUGAACAGCAUCACUUUUCUUACCUGUACAUCAUCAGCGCCUACUGGUCUACCGUGACGGCGCUCAGCGUUGGCUAUGGCGACUACCGAGGUCUCAACUUUGACGAGAUCCGGUUCAGCAUCCUGGUGAUGCUGCUCGGCUCAGCCAUCACCAACGGACUGGUGGUCGGCAGUUUGACAUCGCUGCUCACCAACGUCGAAAGCCAGAGAGCUUCUUUCGCCCAUCGUCUCAUGAUCAUCAAACGGUACUUGCAGGACAACAAAUACUCCACGGAGCUGUCAGAAACGAUUCAAGGCUUUUAUGAGUACAUGUGGUUUAAGAAAAGAGGACAAAGCAAAGACAACAUAUACGAGGCGCUGCCUCCGUCUCUACAAUCAGAAAUCUGUCUCAGCGUAAACCACUGCGCUCUUAGUAGAUCACCCAUGUUCAGAGACUUGGACGAAGGUUUCUUGCGCUCGAUUGCCCUAAAGAUCCAGAACCACUUCUACUUGCCGGGCCAGAUCGUGAUAAACAAGGGCACGGUGAGUCGAUGCAUGUACUAUGUGGUCCGUGGCGAGCUGGAGGUUCUCAGUGACCGUGACAAUCAGACGCCGGUGGCCGUGCUCAGACCGGGCAAACUGUUCGGGGAGGUGAACCUGGUGCUCAACUUCGCGCGCACGGCCACCAUCCGCGCAGCCACGCACUGUGACCUGCUGACCUUGAGCCAGCACGAUGUGACGCCGGUCCUCUUGCACUACCCGGAGGCCAGGGUUGCCAUGUGGGAGUACGUCCAGGCUCUCUUCGAAAUGGACUUCAAUGAGCCGGAAAGCACAUCCGCGAAGACAUCUUCUGCAAAAGACAUGGGGAUAUCGACGUUGAAGUCCAGAGGAGAUCUCAGCUCCUACAGCUCACGUUUCAUGCCAAUACUAAGCCCAACGGUGGAGAGUGAAGAAGCUCUUGUGACAGGCAAAGAUCAAAUGUCGGUGAAAGAAGACGAUGCAGGUGCGAAAGACGGAGAUGGCACUGUACAGCUUGCACAUGAAGCACAAAGAUCUUCCAAUGCUUUAUCUACAGAGGCUGCAAAGCUAGAGAAGCCUGCUUCAGAGGUCUUUCAGAGGAGGUCAAGUAUACCUGUGUUCAAAGAAGCCAAAAGCUUGGUCAGUGCACGCUCCAGUCUGCCAUCCAGUCAGCCUAACAGUCCGACACAGGAUCGAGUGCCUUCAGGCUCCCAGAAGCUGUCACGUCCCAGCAUUCAUUUGACAGGGUCUUCUCGCAAAGUGACCACCAGCGAGCAGACUAUGCAGAAGGGAGAUGAGCCCAUACCAGCUUUCGAGAAGCCUGAAGAAGGUGUAUACCCCAGUAGCAAAAACAUUCAGCGCAACAAGCACUUCGAUUGGGGUCAGGCACAAGGUACCAAUCUAAGAAAACAAGUUCGUCGUCCAACCAUUGCCUCUCGUCCAAAGGGCAUGUCAGAACUUCUUCUAGGCCAGGACUAUGCUGUGCUCAAAGCAGACUCCCGAUCACAUGGAAUAUCUUGGCUAAAGAAGGUGAUGGCACACAUAGGAAGACCUCGGAUCGACGAAGACAGCACAUUUGACAACGCUUGGAAGACUUUUGUUUGCGUGAUUGUGCUGCUGCAAUGGUUCUUUUAUCUGUAUCAUGCCAGCUUUCGCGAUGGCUACAAUCCCGCCACACUCAUGCUGACGUACUGCCUGGAUGCCGUGCACCUGCUGGAUCUGAUAUUUAGCUUGAUGACGGUCGUGAUAACUCCAAGAGAAACGUACGAGACUUACCGACAGAUUUUCUCCUAUCGCGCUGGCACCGUCGCCUUCUACUUGGACCUCACUGCCGCUCUGCCACUGGAUUUGAUCUGUCUGCCGUUCACUGCCUCGAUGGGGACGGCCCGGCGAAGUCAGCUGAUAACCAUAUGCAAGCUCAACAAGCUUACCAAGGCAUGGGUGAUUUACCAUCGAUUCAGGUACUUCGAAGACCAGCUGUACAUGCCACUGCAGCUGUUGCGACCUAUGGAAACCGUUGUGUAUAUUUUGAUGGGUGCACACCUAAACGCAUGUCUAUGGUACAUGGACGCCAAUUUCGGCUCCACUCUAACCGGCGGCAUCACGAGGGAUAUAUGGCUAAAAGAUUUCCUGUCAGUAAAAACCGAAGAGCACUCCCUUGACCCAGAAGACAUGAACGUCAACAACAGCGCUUACCUGUUAUCCUUGUACUGGGCAGCAGCGACCAUGUCUACCACCGGAUACGGUGACAUUGUUGCCUUGAACACCAUUGAGUAUUGCAUCAGCAUAUUGUGCAUGGUACUGGGCCUGGUCCUCUUCUCUUACACACUGGCUUCUUAUGCAUCGCUUCUGACAAACAUCGACCGCCCGAAGGUGCAGUUUCAGUCAAUUGUGUUCGCGAUGGAGCAGUUCAUGGUAGAGAACCGACUGGACCGGCUUCUGCGCAAGCGUGUGCUGCGAUACAUGGACGUGCAAUGGAACGCGUAUGAUGGACUGAUCAUGCCAGGCAGCCAGUCACUUCUGCAUGACCUGCCUGAUGCGCUGAAGCAGGACCUGGCCGCCGACGGUAUUGUUAGACUGCUGGACCAGGUGCCGCUGUUCCACAGCACCGACACCACGUUCAGACAAGAGCUGAGCACUCGGUGCUCUCGCUACCUCUUCCCGCCGAACGAACUAGUGCUGUACAGCGGCGACCUUGGCAGAGACAUGUACGUCAUCAUCCGUGGCUAUUGCGAGUCGUAUAUCGGCAAGCGGCAAAAGUCGCUUGGCCUGAUGGGUCCCGGCGAAUACUUCGGCGAAGCGGGCAUGCUGUUCGGUCUUCCAAGACCGGCGCAUGUUAUCACACGCACACACUGCUGUCUGCUGGCUAUUCCGCACGGUGAAUUUCAACGCAUCAUGAAGAAGUUCCCUACUGUAAACAUGGAGAUCCGCGAGAUUCAGGACAACGCCGCCAUUCUUCGCACCGUGAAGUUGAACCACGCAAGAGUCUGGCGCCUCUCCAAGGAGCUGCCUCCCAGUGACGACUCGCUGUUCCCACCAGAUGAGCCCCCACCGUUCACGACGUUCCCCGAGAAAGACUCGAGUGACGAUGAGUACCGUCGUCCGUUUGCUGAGCUCGGAGGUGUGAUGGCCGCGCUGUCCCGCCUGCUCAUGCCGAGAACGGUAAGGCCAGAUGGCAGGGCCGCCGUUCGGCUCGAGUGUCUCCGCAUCAUCACCAUCAUGAUGGUUCUCUUCUUGACACCCGUGCACGUGACGUUCGCAUGGAAGAGCUUUGGCGUCUACGCUCUGGGCAUACUGCUGGACAUCGUGGCCUUGGGAUUUGUGUACUUGCGCCUGCAUUGGGCCUACUAUGACGAGAAUUCGACGCUCAUCACACACCCUAUCGCUACCGCUCAGAAUUAUCUAUCAUCGGCCUUCCUGCUGGAUCUGGUUGGAUGUUUUCCUAUCGAUAUCAUAGCCAUGCUGUUCUUCCAGGGUCGCCUCGAGGAAAAUCUGCACUUCAUCGCUCUAUUCAGAAUCAACCGCAUGAUUCAGAUGUACGAGAUUGCGUGGGCGUUUUACCACUGGGAGCGAAGGCUGGUGUUUCGAAGUGGAGUUUUUAAGGCAAUGAAGUACCUCUGGUACUUUGUGACCUACGUGCACAUCAUCGCCUGCAUCUGGGCGUAUAUCGCAUGUCCAGCGUGGCUUUCGGGACAAGAACCAACUGCGCAGGGCAUUGAAGGGCGCUUACGCGAGUACCAUGAGUACAACAUAACGAAGUUUAGAAGACAGCAUGGGAACUGCCGCGCAUACUCAUGGUACAGCACCUCUGUCUUCGCGACCAAAACAAACAGUUCUGUAGAUUUGUACAUGAUCAGCAUCAUGUACACUCUGGAGAUGGUUGCGUCGGUAGGCUACGGCGAUAUGACUCCUCGCUCCAGGAUUGAGUUCAUCUUGUCCAUCAUUCUGAUGCUGCACGGCGUGAUGUUCUUCGGCUUCGUCAUCGCCAGUGUGACAGCUAGCUUCGUCAACGCUGACAUGACCCGUGCGAACUUCAGCGAAAGAGUGAAGGAACUGGCCGAACAAAUGCAGUAUGAGCUGGUUCCCGACGCUUUACAGAAGAAGGUUCUGAAGCAUAUCGAAUAUGAGUUUUUCCGCUCGCAAGGCAUGGAGGCGCACGCACUUUUCGCCAAUCUACCCCCAAGUAUAAGAGGGGAUGUAGCCAUUGUGCUUUUUGAAGACCUGAUCGGCUCAGUGCCAAUCUUCAAGACCAUCGAUCGAAGUUUUCAUCGAAUGCUGGCCAUGUGCCUAAAAGAGGCAUUCUUCCUGGAAGGCGAGACUGUCAUCUACGUCGGAGAUAUGGGAGAAGAGAUGUUCUUUAUUCAUCGGGGAACCUGUGACAUCGUUGAUGCUGAUGGCAACACUGUCAUUUCCCUAGGUCCUGGACGGUUCUUUGGAGAAGUGAGCGUGAUGUUUUCCAUUCCGCGUACAGUGACGAUCAAGGCUCGAACAAAUGCAGAUCUCUUCAUCCUGACCAAGAAUGACUUGCAAGAUGUUCUUGAAAACUAUCCCGACAUUAAACGAGAAAUCGAACGGAUCGCCAUAGAGAGGCUUCAGGAUGCUGGUCAGCGAAAGACAACAAAGCAAGAGCAACAAGCCACUUCAAGGAAGCCAGAAGGUGGUGGACGGGUAGGAUCGCUGACGGGUGUCGGUCUCACAGAAGCACGACAUGGCCGUAAGCACAAGACGCAUCAUCGGCGCAGUCUGGUCGACCAGCUGACUGGCGCUCUUAUGCCACACGUUAUCUCGAACAUUUGGCAUGGAGAACACCCAGCUGAACACCCACUUGAAGCCGAAUACAAUGCACUGUUACAGGGUGAAGACCAUGAAGAAGUGCCAAAGGAGCAAAAGAGGCGGAGAAGCUAUCAGGUUCUCCAAAUCAAGCAGUUUGUGCAUAGGAUUUUCUCCGGCUACGCCACAGCUGAUGACAAACACCGAAGCGACGAGAUGGACAAGCAUGCUCAAGAAGACAGCAGUGCAAAACACGUGGAUGAAUCAAAGUUGGACGAUACAGCUAACGAAGCGGUCAAGAUUGAGGUGCAUGACGCGUCGGAAGUGGACAGCAAACCUACCAUAGCACCAAAACAAGACCAAACACUGGACGGAUCUAUGGUUUCAAAAGAUACAGUGGAUGGGAAAACUCAGAUAGGCGGGAUGCAUCCCAUUGACGAAAACGGGGGAGAGAGCACGUAUAGAGAAGACGAGAAGCCAGCAGAAGCAUACAACUUGCAACAAUCUGUCGCCUCGAUAGAACAUGGUCCAAAUGUAAAGGAUGAUAUUUCUAGCACUUCAGAACCCGAUACAUCUGGAACAGCUACGCUGACGAAAAAGACGCAGCCUGACGAACAAGACGAAGCGACUACUGAGCACGAAAGAGUCUCGGAUGCACUGACAAUGGGGACGGCUUCUGAACAAGUUUCAAAGAAUCCAGUUCCUCCACCAGAAAGAAGAUCUGAGAGUGCAACAAAGCUACCACCGAUUCCAUCAAAACACUUACCUAAGCCGAGCAGUGUCACAUCACCUGAAGAUAGUGUAAAGAAGACGACCACCGAAAUCCAGCAAGCUACCAACAGUGGCAUGCCCGCAAUCAUAGUCAGUCCGUCAGAAAAUGAGGUGCCUUUAGUCAGCCAAAGCCCAACUGCCGAUGGCAGUGCAGAUCACCCUUCGAAGGCGCACGACGACCCCGAAGUUAGCCACUCACUGGAAAACGCAGGACCGAAAGCUACCAUUGCCAAGCCUGUGAAAUCGGUGUCACAUCAGAUCGAUGACGACAGUGCUCUUCGGGAAAUGUAUGUCAGCAGUCGGCCUGUACGGACGUCAAGCGCCCACAUCGUUCCCGAGAGCUCAUCUGGGAUCAGGAUCUUAUCAAGAGACACUGGUGAGCCGUCCGACGGCAAGCGCACGUCCAGGGUGUCCAUCGGUAGUGUGCUCAGUGCGCGCAGCCAGUUCAAACCCCCCGUCUGGCUAGAAACGUUCCUACAGCGCAUCAGGGAUCGACUACGCAGAGCACUGUCAUCAAAUUUCAUCAUCAACCCCAAGUCCGAGCUGCUGCUCCUCUUCAAUCUUCUCCUGGCCAUUCUCGGAGUUACGUCAAUCAUGAUUUUGUUCUACCAGCUGGCAUUUUCCGACUUCAGUGAGUAUCUCAACUGGAUUCUCCUAGUCAUCUCUCUGGUGUACACAGUGAAUAUCUACAUCCGCAUGCACACUGCAUACUACGACAACUACGGCGAUCUAGUGUGCGAUCAGCUCUCGGUGAAGAAGAAGUACAUCCGUGAGCCGACUGGUCUUCUGAUAGACGUCCUAUCAGCGCUACCUAUCGGAAUGCUCGUCUUCAUCCAUCCUGGAUCUCCUGAACUACUGCAGGCCAUUCACAAGGUUCGCUUUGGUCAGUUGGCACGGUUCUACACCGUGUUCAACUUCUUCCGCUCGUGGGAGGGGCUGCUGAAGGCACCGGUGCUGCUCCUGCGCAGUGUACGUGCUGUUGGAUUCUUGCUGGUACUGCUGCACAUCUGGGCAUGCUUCUGGUACAUGGCAGCCUGCUCGGGAAGAAAAUGUGAGAAGGAUUCUUGGAUCACCAUUCGGAACCUGGAUAAUUCCACGAACCACGAGAGGUACAUCAACGCCAUGUACUUCAUCACGGCUACCAUGACCAGCACGGGGUACGGAGAGAUUCGCCCCAACACCAUGCAGGAAGUUGUCGUCUGCAUCGCCACCAUCAUCAUCGGAAAAUUUGCCAUCGGCCUUAUCAUCGGCGACCUGGCCUCCACUCUGAGUAACCUGGAGGUGGCCAGGGUGGACAUGGAAACCAUGCUGGCCGUCAUCGUCAACCAGAUGAAGGACCAGAUGGUGCCCAAGAGCCUGCAGAAGCGCGUCAGACAGCACGUCGAGUACGACUGGCUCCGGAACCGGGGGCACAGCCUCAAGGACCUGCUGCAGCACGUCCCCUACUGCCUGAGGAUGGAAGUUUUCGAAUCGAUCUACGGUAUCCAGCUGCGCUCCAUUUCAAUCUUCGAGUCGGCUCCAGACUACGUGAUACGUCGCCUCAGCGCUCUCUGCGAACAGCAAGUCUACCUACCCGGUGACUUCAUCACCAAGCGUGGCGACAUCGGACGUCGGGUGUACAUCAUCCGGCGCGGCUCGGUACUGGUGUACCGUACCUCUCCGGCCGAGCCCGAGUACUUCCUGUACUCGGGCUCCAUCUACGGUGACGUGCAGAUGGUGUACCCGACGAUCCCCUAUGAGCACCACCUGGUGGCCGACUACCCGUCUGAUGUGCUGGUCAUCCACCAGGCCGACAUUCAGCUGCUGCUGGCCGACAAUCCACAGUUCUUCUUCAGAGUUCGUCGGUAUAUACAGAAGAAGUACGAAGAUAUAGUUCAAGAUAAGCGGCCUUCGAUGGUCGUAAGGGCUUCUGUUUACUGAACGAAGAAACAUGAGGCUUGACAUGGAAUGCAGCGUGUUUUCAUGUGUGACUAAAGAAGAAAGGCAUGCUCUGCCACCAACUGUUUGGUGAUAUGUGAUAUGUGAUAUGUGUGUAUUUGCAUUUAGCCAGCUCCUCAAAUUGUUGGUUUAGCCGUGCAAGAGAUGACAAGCCUGCUGUAGCAAUGGUAGAACUGUUGACUGUGCAGCUCAGGGAGCAAUCAGCAUUACUUACAUGGGCUUAAAGGCUGCCAACUGGUGGAUGGGGACCUCGGUAACCGUCUAUGACUGCAGUGUCUUACACAUACUGUCGUUUGGUGUUGCUGCGCUGUAUUAUAUAGGCACUUGUUGUCUACGAGCCUGUAAUGCUAGUUUGGGUGCAUGCGAGACUAAAUUCGUUCGAUGCCGUGAAGCUGAUAUUGCGCAGUGUUAUGGCUCUGGUUGCUUCAACAUGACCAUACCCUUUGUGUUAUAGGCGCUGUUUUGCUCUCGUAUCUAGACGGAUAUGUGCAUCAGAUGAAUGUUGUUCGAGUGUUUGUGUCCGACUGACUCAAUUAUCGCCAAUCGGCAAUGCUUCGCUUUUGUGUGCCUUACGAUACGACAAUAAACGGCACAGCUUGAGGUCACAAUAACGUCCUUAAAA